AUGAUCACUCUGUCAAAGUCUGAUGCGCAGCUUUUGGCAGAGUUUUUGGCUUUCUUGAGAAAGCAUGGCCAUCUGUUGGAAGGCUAUAACGCGGAUGUACCCAUCGAGGGCUACAUCCUCGCAGGAUGCUUGACCGUUUUGUCGUUUGACUAUUUAUGUACUUUCGAUCAAGAGGUUAACUACGUCUGGACGUGCCCUUGGUCCUUUGGACUCCCACUAUUCUAUAUUAAUCGAUAUGCUCCCUUUGUGAACACAAUCCUAUUCGUAUACAUAAACUCAAAUCAUAUGACGAGCUCACAAUGUAACACAUUAGUGCAGUUUGUUAUCUGGUCCAUAGCGAUCUCUUCGUUCUUCUCUCAGUUGAUCAUCGUUCUCCGGACGUGCGCCCUGUGGAGAAACCAAAUCACGAUCGUCACAACGCUACUGCUUCUUCUACUGGGAACGAUGGCGACAACGUUUUUCUUCACAUGGAAGCAGCUGUCACAUAUGUCCUUCGCUCCGACGCCCAGCUUCAUCCCUGGCUGCCUCAUCAUAGAAGGCGUGAACGUCUCGCUCUACGUUUACAUCACGUUGUUCAUCGCCGAACUCAUCAUCAUUGGUCUCACUGUCGUCAAAGCAAUUCAGCACCUCCGACGCAAUCAAAGGUCAUGGCUUUCACAACUGUAUAAAAACGGAAUUUUCUACUGCAUUUGUAUUCUCUUGUUCACUCUUAUCAACAUCGUAGUGCAUCUUUUGCCCAAGCUGCCUUACGUCUAUAAGCAAACCUUCCGAAUGCCUCAGCACGUCUUCCACUCAAUUUUCAGCAGUCGCGUCAUCCUCCAAAUCCUCAAGUACCGUCACCAUUUUGCGGAACAACAACGAACGGCGCGUCGACGAUCCAUAGAUGUUUACGGAACUCACAACAUCUUCACGACCAUCAUCCCGGACACAAUGGGCGAGUCAUCGAAUUCUGGCGAUAUUGAGCUCAGCGAGAGUACUUGUGAGCGGGAAAUGAUGAAGGAGAUGUGGGAGAGGGAAGGCUGGGAGGGCGAGCGGGUGAGGCUGGCAGGACAUGGCCAUGGGCGGUAUGCGGACGGAUCGGGGUGGAUUUCGUGA